CCGAUGUUGAAGCGCCAUCGCGCAUGCUUUUAUAUCCAUGGCAUCCCAUAAAGUUAUAUCCCUCCGUAUAAGCUCCGCUUGACGUCACUUUUGGAUAUUCGGCGACGAUGGAGACAAGAUCUUGCCCGUCCAUGAAUGAGCUGCGCGGCAUCGCGCGUGUAAUGGGGAUGAAGUACUUCCGCCACUUGAGCAAACUUGAGCUGCAUCAAGCGUUGCAACGCCAAUUGCACCAAGUCGAGCGCGCGCAGGCGAGAGCCGACUCGCCAAAAAGCAAGGGAAAGGACACAAAGGGCCGGGGAACCCGCAGGUUCUGGUGGCGCAAAUCCAAGAAGAAGAAGGGGAAUGCAACGGGGAAAGCGGAACCUCAAAUGCUCAACACGUUGGAUCCGAUCAUGCUCACCGAAUUGGGCCCGCACACGUUCCACUUCGUUCGACCGAAUGGAAUGGUCGUCGUGUACAAUGUCGACACCCUUGUUCAAUACAUAUUGGCCACGGGCAGCUUCGCAGAGCCGGAGACACGGAUUCCGUUCUCCGACGAAGUGCUGAAGCAGCUUGACAGUGCGGCCACUGCCGCGGGGUUUAAGUUUGCUAGCGUUGUAGCUGCGCAACAACAAAAAGGCAAAUUUGAGCAAGAAAAGAUCAAGCGGGAUGGGCUCUUGGGCUUGGAGCGCUGCACGGGAGAAGUCGUGACAGAAAUGCUUCACAUUAUCGAGGACGACGACGCGGAAGAAGGAGAAAUGCGCUUGGUGAUGGAUGUGUUUCCGUCAUUCGCCGACAUGUUUGGUCAGUUGAAGAGCAACGACCCUGAAUACGCAGCCCAGUGCCACAAACACUACAUGGAGUACUUGCGAGGACCGCCAAACCGUCCGACCGUCGAUGCAUCGGGCCUGUUUGACGUUGUGCUGGACUUCAUGAAGCAAGUGGCGGCGCAAAGGUCGUCGUCGCGCUAUGGCGCAUAGGCGGGUGUGUGGACAAACCGUAGCGCGGGUUUAGAGUAGACAAUAGCUAGUGCAUGCAGUGUAGUUGGUAGGGUAGAUUAGGGUAGUAAGGAGACGAGUUCUUGUUUGAUUUCAAUUGGACAUGAUCCAUACGGCAAGACCACAAUUGAAGCUCCUCUUUGCCAUGGAGCAACGACGAAGAAGACCAAUAUGUGAGAUAAAUAGAGACGUGGUUAUCGUGCGCCAUGCACAAAUCUACUCCGACGUUUCGUGGGGCUUAACAAAUGGCGCGAUCGUGUCGCCAACUUGUAUUCGAAAUGAAUCGGACGCUUUCAACGCUAAAAACUGACCAAAGUAGAUCUUGCCUCGAUCUCGUCGGUAAGAGGCAAGGUGCUUCAGCGGCCCGGCCUCGCUUUCGCCCGUGGUUUGGUUGAUGUUGACCAUCGUACAGCGUCCGCACGGUCCCAAGACGGCCAACGAGUGCGACCCAAUUGCCACCUCACUCCAUCGAUCUUCAGCAUGGGCAUCGCACCCAUCGACGAUGAAAUUUGCCCGAAACACAUCCUCAUCGACGUCGCUGCCAAAUUUCGAG